AUGAAUGCAGACAUAGACGAAAUGCAGGCAAUCGCGAGUAAAAUCAUAACUUCAAUGCCGGACGUUUGCGGUAAAGAAGGAAAAUCGUCUAAUAUAUUAGACGAUUUUCCUUCUUUACUACCCGACAUCUAUAGAUGUCCUACAUCGUUACAAGCCAUAACCGGACAUAAAACCAGCUUUGGUUUUCAUCCGCACAUGCCUGUUUUGUUUCAGCAGGUACUUCUCAUGGUAUACAUAUCAGGAUUUGGUAUCACUGCAGGAGCCCAUAGGCUAUGGUCCCAUAGAGCGUAUAAAGCAAAGUGGCCACUUAGAUUACUACUUGUGUUUUUAUUUACUAUUACAGGACAGAGAGCAACAUUUUCUGUUAGAACCAUAGAUCAAGUAGUUACAAAGCGAAACGAAUUGGCAUAUGCCAAGGCAUCUGCUCAUUUGUUAAAAUACAAGAUAUGCCGUCAUUUAGGAACUCGACCGUUGAUGAAAGACAGAACCGGAGUAUCAGAUUGCACAGCAGCCAUAAUCGCCAAGGCUGUUUUGGAAGAUAUUGGAAUAUUAUCAAAGCCACAAUCCACACAACAAGAUAUCGCACAUGGGCGACAACAGUGUCAUAAGUAG